GGCUUAAAUGGGAGCACCUCACACAUUUGGACGACUUGCACCUUCUCUUCAGUAACUUUGAUGGGGACUUCGAUAUCAAGCAGGGAAAAUGCCUGUGAUGAAGGGAUUAUUAGCGCCACAGAACACGUUUCUGGACACAAUAGCCACACGGUUUGAUGGCACUCACAGCAACUUCAUCCUGGCCAAUGCUCAGGUGUCGCAGGGCUUUCCCAUCGUCUACUGCUCUGAUGGCUUCUGUGAGCUUACAGGCUUCUCCAGGACCGAGGUCAUGCAGAAGAGCUGUGCCUGUAAAUUCCUUUAUGGGCCAGAGACCAGCGAAAGCAUCAUCCUCAGCAUUGACGACGCCCUGGAGGAGCGCAAGGAGUUUAAAGAUGAAAUCAUGUUCUACAAAAAGACAGCUGUGCUGUUCUGGUGCCUGUUGGACAUUGUGCCAAUUAAGAAUGAGAAGGGAGACGUGGUGCUCUUUCUGGCUUCAUUUAAGGACAUCACUGACACUAAAGCCAAAGUCAUCCAAGAAGACAAGAAGGAAGAGCGACGGCGCGGCAGGGAGAAAACAGGCUCUCCAUUCAGCUCAGCUCGUCUGCGGAGCAGCACUGUGCUCUACCACAUCUCUGGUCACCUCCACAGCAAAGAGAAGAGCAAGAUUAAACUCAACAAGAACGUGUUUGGGGAUCCACCUGCUCUGCCAGAGUACAAGGUAGCAGAUGCCAAGAAGUCCAAAUUCAUCUUACUACACUUUAGCACGUUCAAAGCUGGUUGGGAUUGGCUGAUUCUACUUGCCACAUUCUACGUUGCUGUGACGGUGCCCUACAAUGUGUGCUUCAUCGGUGAUGAUGAUGACCUGACCCGCAGCACAACAGUCAGUGAUAUCGCAGUGGAGAUACUGUUCAUCAUAGACAUUGUUUGUAAUUUUCGUACAACCUAUGUCAGCAAGUCGGGCCAGGUGAUCUUUGAUGCUCGACAGAUCUGCAUCCAUUACCUGACCACAUGGUUCAUCAUUGACUUGGUGGCCGCGUUGCCGUUUGAUCUGCUCUAUGCCUUCAAAGUCAGCGUGGUGUCCGUGGUCCACCUGUUAAAAACAGUACGUCUGCUCCGUUUGCUGCGAUUGCUCCAGAAGAUGGACCGAUACUCGCAGCACAGUACAGUGGUACUGACGCUGCUGAUGUCCAUGUUCGCCCUCCUGGCCCACUGGAUGGCCUGCAUCUGGUACAUUAUUGGCAAGAUGGAGAUGGAGGCCAACGCCUAUAACUGGGAUAUAGGAUGGCUCCAUGAGUUGGGGAAGCGUCUGGAGUCGCCAUACUAUGCCGUAGGAGGUGUGAACGGGACCAGUAGCGGUCCCUCCAUCCGCAGCGUCUAUGUCGCCUCACUCUACUUCACCCUCAGCAGUCUGACCAGUGUGGGUUUCGGCAACGUGUCGGCCAACACAGACACAGAGAAAAUUUUCUCUAUUUGCGUCAUGCUGAUUGGAGCACUCAUGCAUGCAUUGGUCUUUGGUAAUGUGACAGCCAUUAUCCAGAGGAUGUACUCCCGCUGGUCCCAGUACCACACCAGAACCAAAGACCUCAAGGACUUCAUACGUGUCCAUCAUCUGCCGCAGAGCCUCAAGCAACGAAUGUUGGAGUAUUUUCAGACAACCUGGUCGGUCAACAACGGCAUCGACUGUAAUGAGCUGCUGAAGGACUUCCCGGAUGAGCUGCGAUCCGACAUCACCAUGCACCUUAACAAGGAGAUCCUGGAGCUGUCGCUGUUUGCCUCAGCCAGUCGCGGCUGCCUGCGCUCCCUGUCGCUGCACAUCAAGACCUCCUUCUGUGCUCCCGGAGAAUACCUCCUCCGACAGGGCGACGCACUUCAGGCAAUCUUCUUCGUCUGCUCAGGGUCCAUGGAGGUGCUGAAAGACAGCAUGGUGCUGGCCAUCCUGGGUAAAGGCGACCUGAUUGGGGCGAACCUGUCCUUAGAUGACCGAGUGAUAAAAACCAAUGCAGACGUGAAAGCCCUGACCUACUGUGACCUGCAGUGCAUCAACCUGAAGGGGCUGUACGAGGUGUUGGACCUCUACCCUGAAUACUCACACCGCUUCGUCCAGGACAUCCAGCAGGACCUCACAUACAACUUGAAGGAGGGACAUGAGACACAUGUGAAGGCCAGACUGUCCACAACAGCUGUAGAUCCUCAGUCCGGAGUGGGAAGGAAUGGACGAGUGGUUCAGGGCUAUCCGACCAUCAUCGAGGCACAGGAGGAACAUGAGGAAGAGGAAGAAAAUGAGGCCAUGUCUGUUUCUCUGUCAUCUGAGCGGAACUGGACAGAGAACCUCAGGGACGCGGGUGGGAAGUCUCCACUGAGCCGACCGAGCCAGAAGACCACGGGGCAGAGCUCCAGGAGGUCUCGGAGGGAGAUCCAGGAAAUUACUUUCACCACUUUAGACCCUUCCAACCUGAGCCCCAGGAUAGUUGACGGCACUGAAGACAGUGAGGUGACAGAGAGUUCCCUGGCCUUCUCCUUCUCCACCAGCCGAGGCUGUCCUGUCAGUGAACCAGCCAGUGCCUCAGCAUCUGCCACAGAUAUGCUGCAGAUCAGCACAGCAGAGUUAGCUGCUAAAGCAGAGGAGACCAGACGACAACUGCAACACCUCGACCAGCAGGUGAGCAACCUUGGGAGGGAAGUGGCCGACCUUGGACGAGUCAUGAAGAGAAUGGCCCAACUUAUGGAGACCCUCAUAUCACCAAUGCCUCAACCUACAAUAGUCUGCCCCACACACUACUCCCCAGCACACCACACUUGCCAGCCCUAUCCUAACCCUCCUCAGUCUUACCCUUUACCAACCUCUUCUCAGACUGCCUCCAUCUGCAUAGACACGCCCAUGUCAUUGCCAUCUUCUCCCCUCACUAUCCCACAGCAACACGGUGCAAUAUUCCAUAAGGACUCCCUCACACAUAGACCCCAGGAUGUCCAGCUGGCGUACCCUACUAUCCUGAGCUCAACUUUACCUCCAACUCCCAACUCGUCUGCCCUUCAACUACAGCCCAUCAUCACUGAGCCUCACCUGCCUUCCUCACCCGUCAGCUCACCUGAGAUUUCCCACUACAAAGACGAGCUUUCUGGCUCCAUCAGGUCAAAGGUACAUAGUCCACCUACGCAAGACGUGGGAGAUGAUAGCCCUCAUCAGAGCUCUGGGUGUUCUACACAAACUGGACUUGGUGGGACCUACCACAACCCAACCAAGGGUUUGUAG